UAUGGUUACGUGCGAGGCGAAAUGCAGGGAAUCUAUCUCAACGGCAAGGUCUGUGCUCCCCGCAUGUUCCCGGGUACUCCUCGGACAAGUCACCAUUGCCUCCCGAUGGAACCAGAUCUAAAAGACUUGAUGGCGAAAUCGCGUGAUGCCAACGAGCUGCUAUGGGCGUGGCAGGGUUGGCGAGAUGCAGUCGGUCGACCAAUGAAAGACCUUUAUGCAAUCUACGUGAACUUAUCCAAUGAAGCUGCUAUGAGUAAAGGUUUUUCUAACGAAGCGGAAUCAUGGCUGCACAAAUACGAAGAUCCCAAUUUCGUUGAUGACGUCGACUCUCUUUGGGAGUCUAUAAAGCCGAUCUACAUGCAUGUGCAUGCCUAUGUCAGACGGAGACUCGUCGAGGUUUAUGGAUCCGACAUUGUGGAUCCUCACGGACCAAUCCCCGCCCAUCUGCUUGGAAACAUGUGGGCACAAGAAUGGAACAAUAUUUAUGACAUCGUGGAACCAUAUCCGGGUCAUGGCACCAUUGACGUCACGAAGAAGAUGAGGGAGGACGGAUGGACAGCAGAAAGCAUGUUCGGUGUUGCCAAUCAGUUCUUUGCGUCACUCGGACUUGACUCAAUGCCAAGUAGUUUCUGGACCAAAUCAAUGAUGGCUAAACCAAAAGAUCGCAAAGUCUCAUGCCAUGGAGCUUCUCAUGAUUUGUACAAAAAUAAAGAUGUGAGAAUCAAGAUGUGUACCGAGGUGAACAUGCAGGACCUAUUCACCGUCCACCACGAGAUGGGUCAUUGUCAGUACUACCUGCAGUACCGUAACCAACAUGUCUUGUUCCGCGCUGGAGCUAAUCCUGGGUUCCACGAGGCAGUUGGGGAUACCGUGUCUCUGUCGGUGGUAACACCCAGUUAUCUGCACCAUCUUGGUCUCUUGGAGCAACCUCAGUCUGAUUACAAAUCCGACAUCAACUUUCUGAUGAAGGUGGCGCUGUUCAAACUAGUCUUUCUACCGUAUGGUCUCCUGGUUGACAAAUGGCGUUGGCAGGCUUUCAGAGGGGAGAUACAACCAGAUGAGUAUAACCAGGCCUGGUGGAACUUACGGAAGCAAUACCAAGGGGUUCAGUCACCCAUUCCACGCAGUCCUGAAGACUUUGAUCCAGGCGCGAAGUUUCACGUAGCUACGGGUACACCGUACGUAAGAUAUUUCGUUAGUUUCGUCAUCCAGUUCCAAUUCCACAAGGCGCUAUGCGAUGCAAAGGGACACCAGGGACCACUUCAUCUAUGCAACGUUUAUGAUUCUAAAGAAGCUGGACGAAAAUUCAGAUCUAUGUUGGAGAUGGGAGCCAGUGAACCUUGGCAUGACGCCAUGGAGGUCUUGACAGGGCAACGCAAGAUGGACGCUCAGCCUCUCUUAGAUUACUUCCAGCCUCUUACUGACUGGCUUCUCAUUGAAAACGAGGGCAAAUUUGUUGGAUGGAGUUGAACAUUGUAGCUGGACUUUGUUUUAGAAAUAGAAAGGAGUUGAAUCGUUUGCAGUUUUAACAGUUCGCUGUUUGAUAUUGCGUUCCGUCGCAUUCCUUCUCCAAGGGGCGUUUCCAACAGUGGACGGAGCCGGGGUACGCCCCCUAUUUGAAGGCCCAGAGAAGUGUCAAUAAGUUUUACAAUGGCCCUUAUCCUCGCCCCAGUCAGUUGAGUAUGCGAAAUAUGGUAAACCCCUGUUUACCGGAUUCCAGGUACUCAGCCGACCUUACAACCCUCUUCCAGAAUAAAACGAUGAACAAUUUUUUGGGGCGAGUUCAAGAUUAGAUGAUCCGAUAAUUGCUCAUUUUCUCCGGGCUUUCAAUAUCCU